CCUAAGAAUAUUGCUGAUUCGUUUGUUGCAUGUAAGCCUAUUCCCACGCAUACCAGUUUACGUUGGCUGAUGGAAUUCAGAUUUCUUUGAUGCUCUGAAUGAAUGUAUACCUUUGUAUCGAAGGGAUGUGUUUGAAGCGUUGUACGAGCAGCAGUAUACUUCAUGCCCCCCAAAGAGCACGUCUUGGUAUGCCUCGCUCAACGUAGUACUCGCGCUUGGCUGCCUAUUAUCGCAUGAGGAUAAUAUGACUGCAGGUGCUGAACACUCAAUGCUAGCACCGACUAUUGCAGUAGACUACCUGCGAAAUUGCUGGCAUGUCUUCACUGAAUUAUCUCUCAGCUGUAGGGAUCUUAUGACUGUUCAGGCAUUGUUGGCAAUGGCUCUUACUACAGAAAUCCUUCUCGACAAGGAAGCUACAUACAUUGCUUUAGGAGCUGCGGCACGGAUCGCAACUUCGCUUGGCUUACAGCAACAGCUAAAGGACUCGCGUCUUUCGCCACCGGAGAUCUCAGAGCGGUACAUUGUUUUCUGGUUCCUUUACUCUCUUGACAAAAGCCUCAGCCUUAGAUUAGGGAGGCCCCCUGUUAUUGAUGAUAGAGACAUAGAGAUCGAUAUUCCGGAAGAGCAACAGUUAGCUGUUACGAACCCCAAAAAUGCUGUCGUGCUUCUCAGUCAUAUAAAGCUCAGCAGGAUUUCGUCUGAGAUUUAUUCGGAAUUAUUCAGCGCUCGCUCAAGGAGAUAUCCGGCUUUGAAAAGAUUUCGAGUUAUUUCUGAGCUGGAUACCAAGCUCCAAGAGUGGUGCCAAUCUCUGCCAGAGGACAUCCAACCAGGAAAACCAAUCGUUAGCACCCAGCAAAACAUCCGUGCGGUCAUUGCGUUGCGUCUUGAAUAUUUCAACUGUCUAGCAACCCUACAUCGUUGUUGGGCUUUUCAAGAUCAGUUGACUGAAUAUGAGGAAUUACAUACUGAUUUGGCUCGUCAGGGUUGCGGGGAUGUUGGAGAUCGGGUUUAUACCGGGCACUUGAUAUGCUUGGACUCAGCUCGAAAUAUCGCACGUCUCUUAAUUACAAUAAACCAGAAUCGCUUUCACAAAAGAACUAUGCUCGUCGGCCUUACGCUAUACCACUCACUCUCGGCGUUCAUCAUUCUUUUCGCCAAUGUGAUCCAGAACCCCGGAGAUUCUUAUAUCCCUCAAGAUGUCCAGCUUCUGGGGGUAAUUAUCGAUUCCCUGUUCCCUGGUCUUCAAGCCAGCGGCAUGUUUCUGCCCAGUUUGGUCUGUGAGAUUUUUGGAAAGAUGAGAUCUAUGGCAGUCGAAUAUGUGGAAAAGGUGCAGGCUGAAUUGAAAGUCGUAUCGAAGCGGCCACGUAGGGAUUCCGAUGAGGCAAGCGUUCAUCUCCCCCACCUUCCCGCCACAAACAACUAUGGUCAACCGCGAAAUAAAGGGUUUACUCCCACAGCCCAUACAUACUGGACAGAUGGAAGGCAUACUGCGAGCCCGAAUUUCACGGAAACUCCCGGUCUAAUCGAAACGGAGUUACCGCACGAACUGGCACCCGGAAAUAACGCGUGGGAAUCAUUAUACCACGAGCUUAAUGAUCUUCCAACGGACGAGAUGUUAUCCGAACAUAACCCUUUCGAGGAGAAUCAUAGCUUGGGACAAUUGGCAGAGUCAUUGCCAGGCUCUGUCCCUUUCGUACCAUGGUCUAUGGAUUUCGAUUUGUCUGAUCUCUGGCAAUAUGGACAACAGCGAGGCUUAUCCCAAACAGGGUAGCCAGUGGCGUUGCCAAAGCGUACCAAUGAUAGAUAAUA